UUUUUUUUUAAUUUUCAAAAGUUUUAUUCUUAUUUUAUCUGUAUGUGUUUAACUUUGAAAGGCAUCGGCCACAUGACACUGUGCUUAAUACGGCAGGUAAAUAAAAUGUGUGAUUCAGAUUUGAACCAGGGAGUGGACCGGAUCUUACACCUAUAAAAGGUGUAAAGCGGCAUAGAGGCAUGGACCAAUCUUCAAAGCCUCUUCCCGUGAAGACAACGACGAAGAGAAAGCCGCAGCACCUGAAGACCUUGUUGGAAAACGCUGGUUCUUCAACACCUUGCUCGAUAGAAAAAUAAGCAUGUCGACAAAUUCCGACCAUCCUUGUACAUCAUCGAACGAGAGCCAGCCUGCCGGAAAAUCAUACGACGAAACCUUCGUUUCCAUCAGGAAACUGCCGCGGCCGACUAGUCUGAUGAAGUCAUCACCUUCUCUGGAAAGGAAAGAUAGCAACCCAAUAGCGAAAGGCAGUGAAAGUGAAAGAACGGAGCCGCCGCCGUUGUCGAAUAAUUUAGCACGUGCACCAUCGACGCCGGCGUGCCUCGCGGCCGCAGAGACUCAAGAUGAGGAAGAAGAGAUCGAGUUCUCUAUGGGAAAAUUGAUCAGGCAAGCUUCUUUGAAAAGCUCACACCCUAGAAAUCAUGUGGCUAAGGGUGCGACAGCAGUCAUGAAUUCCGGCACAUCGGCAAGGAAGGUAGAGUUUGGGAACCGAAAAUUGGAGAGAUUGAGACCUCGACGAGUGAUGAAUCAGCUGAAGACACAGAAGAGCUUGAGUGAUUUGGAGUCGUUUGAGUUGCAAGGAUUCAAAGAUUUAGGAUUUGAUGUGGGUUCGAAGCAUGGUGCAAUAAGCAUGAUCCCUGAAUCACACGAAGAAGACCAAACAAGGGGCGGGAAGAGAUCCAAGGAAGAUGAUAUCAAGGCGCAGAUCAAGUUUUGGGCUAGAGCUGUGGCAUCAAAUGUCAAUCAAGAAUAAUGCUUAUCUCAUUUUUUUUUUUUUAAUGUUUAUUUUAUUUGUAUGCCAUGGGAUGGGAUACAGGCCCCGCUACCACUUCGCUCCUAUGCAGUGACCUGCAGACUAUAGAGAGGAAAAUUAUUAAAUGAAAUUAUUUUCAUAUGGUGUAUGAUGUAUACAUUAAUUUAGAAUAAUAGACUGUAAAAAGUUAUCAGUUUUC